AUGGCUCUAUGGAAUGAUGUACAUAUUUGGAUUGGCAGCCUUAGGGAGCGUCUGAUAAUAAUUUUAGCCUCUGGGAGCCUGCUGAACUUUAUGAAGUGUGAAAUAAUAUUCCCCAAACACUUGGGUGAUCAGUUGCAGAUGGCACCUCUAAUAAGCUGUCUGAUUACGACCCAUUUAAGAAAGGGCGAAGCCCCUCCACUGCCCUAGGACUUGGAUAAGCCAUUUAUCAUCGCCCAGGGCCCUGGAGCUUCGCUUUUACUCCAAGAGGUUGAUGCAAAGGGUCCCCGGCACCGACCUCGGGAUCUAUGAAAACUACAUUACCUAGAAUGCUCUGCGUUGAACGCCACGCUACUAAGCCAGUAAGCUCAGAAGACCGACUUUGAGAGUCACAAAAAGAAAGGACGGGACUUUUGGGGGUCCUCUUCGCGGCGGCCAUUUUGGCUUCUCUGAGGUGUGUUCACCGGAUCAGAGAUAGCAGAGCACCGGGUUGGGGCCACGAAGGCGUGAGGGGAGUCGUCGUCCCUGCUGCACAAAAGCGUCUAAGCCUUGGCUACGCCGCCCUGGGGGACCCACGUCAGGCCCGGGAUAGGGACCGCUGUCCCCGGGUCCCUACCUUGGUCGCCCGCCGCUCCUGGCCCAGCUCUACCCACAGAGUCUAAUGGCAGCGGCCACUCUGAGGACGCCAGCUCAGGGCACUGUGACCUUUGAAGAUGUGGCCGUACACUUCUCCUGGGAGGAAUGGGGUCUCCUUGAUGAGGCUCAAAGAUGCCUGUACCGUGAUGUGAUGCUGGAGAACUUGGCUCUUUUAACCUCUCUAGAUGUUCAUCACCAGAAGCAGCACCUUGGAGAAAAACAUUUCAGAAGCAAUGUGGGCAGAGCCUUGUUUGUGAAGACCUGCACAUUCCAUGUGUCAGAGGAGCCUUCCACCUGCAGAGAAGUUGGGAAGGACUUCCUGGCCAAGUUGGGAUUUCUCCAUCAACAGGCCGUUCACACUGGGGAGCAAUCAAAUAGCAGAAGCGAUGGUGGGGCCAUCAGUCACAGAGGAAAAACUCAUUACAACUGUGGAGAACACACAAAAGCAUUCAGCCGUAAACACACACUUGUUCAGCAGCAGAGAACCCUCACUACAGAAAGAUGUUACAUAUGCAGUGAAUGUGGGAAAUCCUUUAGCAAAAGCUACAGCCUCAAUGACCAUUGGAGAGUUCACACUGGAGAAAAGCCUUAUGAAUGUCGAGAGUGUGGGAAGUCCUUUAGGCAAAGCUCUAGUCUCAUUCAGCACCGGAGAGUUCACACUGCAGUACGACCUCAUGAAUGUGAUGAAUGUGGAAAAUUAUUUAGCAACAAGUCUAACCUCAUUAAACAUCGGAGAGUUCACACUGGGGAAAGGCCAUAUGAGUGCAGUGAAUGUGGGAAAUCCUUUAGCCAAAGGUCUGCACUCCUUCAACAUCGGGGAGUUCACACUGGGGAGAGGCCUUAUGAGUGCAGUGAAUGUGGGAAGUUUUUUACAUAUCAUUCCAGCCUCAUAAAGCACCAGAAAGUUCAUAGUGGAUCCAGGCCUUAUGAGUGCAGCGAAUGUGGGAAGUCAUUUAGCCAAAACUCUAGCCUCAUUGAACACCAUAGGGUUCACACUGGAGAAAGACCUUAUAAAUGCAGCGAAUGUGGGAAAUCCUUUAGCCAAAGGUCUGCACUCCUUCAACAUCGGGGAGUUCACACUGGGGAAAGGCCAUAUGAGUGCAGUGAAUGUGGGAAGUUCUUUCCCUACAGCUCCAGUCUCCGAAAACACCAGAGAGUUCACACUGGAUCAAGACCCUAUGAGUGCAGUGAAUGUGGGAAAUCCUUUACUCAAAAUUCCGGCCUCAUUAAGCACAGGAGGGUUCACACUGGGGAGAAGCCUUAUGAGUGCACAGAAUGUGGGAAAUCCUUUAGCCAUAACUCCAGCCUUAUUAAACAUCAGAGAAUUCAUAGUCGAUAAAAGCCUUAUGAGUGGCAAUGUGGAAAAUCUGUUAGCACCCUGGAGAAAGUCCUUGAGAACACAGUGAAUGUCAGAAAGCUUCAGCUGAAGGCCAUAUCUCAUUGAGUGCCACACAGUUCACAAGGGAAAGACACUUUUGAUAUGUAGGGAUGUCCGGUUGAUAUAACAGCUCUGAAGGAGAUCCCUUAUGAGGGUGGCAUCAGCCUGAAUUGAACAUCCUAUAUCUGAACAUCUCCAUAAAUUCCAGGUAUGUGCGAACUGCAUUGCACCCUUUGCCCUGCCCAGGGCCCAUGUCAGAUUUAUGUCUCUGCUGAUACUAUAGUGGAAGCCAUUUUACCUCUACUGCCUGGCAGGUGACCACCAGUAUGCACCACUCACCCAUCCCAGUGUAUUCAGGCCAUGGACCUGACCCAGUUUGGCCCAGAGGACUCUGCUGGUGACCUGAAAAGAGGGACUACAUAUUUCAGGAUAUUGUUGGUCUCACAUGACUCUUGAUAGAGUUUGCCAGCCUUCAAAUCAACAACUGUGGGAACCACCUGCCUCUUAUUGCAUUGCUGUGUUCAAUUACAAAAAAAGAUGGAAAAGACUGUUAUGAAGCCAGAUGAACCUUUCUCCAGUCUUCCUUCACUAUUUUUUUUCCUUCACCAUUUAUCAUUUCAUAGUCAUUUAUGUUUCAUCGGUCCUCAUGUGUACUAGUGGGUUAUUUUACUUAUAAUCCCAGACAUCAUAUCAUUUAAUGCAUAGCCUCUUCAGAAUGCAAUUUUAAAAUGUAAAGGCUCUUUUAUAACCCCCCCAAAAAAUCACACAAAUAUAUUUUAAAAUGUAAAUAUUUUAUCGCUUCUGUUUUCUCAGUUGUCUAAAACAAUGCGUUUCUUAAGGAAGAUCAUUUGUAUUCAGGAUCCAAAUGUAUAUAUAAUAGCUUUCAGGAGUUGUAUCUCAUAAGUCUGUAACCUACAGGUUCCAUUUACCUUUGUUUUCUUAUUUCUUGAAGUUGCUGAGUCUUUUUUUAUUAGAAUUUGCUGUAUUCUAGAUUUGGCUUAUUGAAUCUCUGACACUGUUUAACUUGUACACUAGAUGUUGAUGAAAUCGGUGAUUGAGAUUUUGUCUCAGCAGACAGGUGUGUGAGGGCAACAGUGAAAUAAAUACGAAACCUUUCCCAACCCAGAAAUCCUCUCCACGAAGGUAGAGACAGAGUUUUGUUAAGCAUUAAACCAGAAUGUGAUGCACAUCACAGACAAUCCACUAAGAAAUUGCAAGGUAAGAAAAAAGCCUCACUCCUUCAUAUGGCCUAGCAGAUGUAGUCCAUUACAUACAUGUUUUCAAGAUAAACAACAAGAAGUCCUCAAACACGAAUUUGACAGCAUCAUUUGUCACACAUAGUUCAUCCUAACAGGUGAUGCUCUAUUACCUUACUGGCUUUACCUAGAGAAAAAACAAACUUAUCAUAUCUUUAUGACAGAGGAUAAUGAGGGAAGCUGCCUUGGGGCUGCUGGAUGAUACAUCAGGCAAGGACAGUGCGAACUUCCAGCAAGGCAGCUCUAGUUGGAGCCCUGAUUUCUUUCCAAGGUGAGGAGAGGGUGAUGAUAGUACCCUUGGGAAGGGGAGUGAAAGGUGCUGAGGGACUGUGGUAUUUAUAGCUGAAGGGUUUCCUGGGGGCUGCGGGUCUCUUGUCUUUGCCACUCUGCCUCAACACUGAAACUGUCCAUUCCCUACUUGGAGGCUGCACCCAAAACCUCCCUCUGCUUUCAUGCUCUGGCCUCCCCCUGCAGGCUACCACCCUGGGUCUUGGUGCUUGCAGCACUUCCAGUGCCUGGCUGCCCCAGGCCCUCUGCUGCCUGGGUUUAGUCCCUCCUCUGCCACUGCCCAACAUCAGGACUCUGCCGGUUUUGCAGCCUCUUGGUACCUCAGUUUUAUGUUUGUGGAAUAUGGGUGCUCACAGUACUCUCUGGGAUCCUGGCAAAAGGUGUGGUAGGCACGUGGUAAGCAGGGCCGAGCACUAUCCCCAGCACCUAGUGAGUUGAUGCCUUAUCAUUUAUCUGAUCCAGGCAGGUCUUAAGGUACAAGAGAAAGAGAAAUGGGGCUUCUUAGAACCCCCUGACCCCACAGCUUCUACUUGGAUGGAAUUUCUGGAAGAAGCACUGGCUGCAGAGUCCAAAGACCUCACUGUGAAUUUCUGAAGGACUCCUUCCCAAGGAAGUGACCUUGAGAAAGUCCCAAACAACCCCUGUCAAGGACUUGACUGACAACAGCUUCUCUAAUGUUUGUCUCCCUUUCCAAUUUAAGAACAAAUGGAUGAAAUCAAGUAUGUGUCCCUAACCAAUCACAGAGUAGGCCCUAUUUGUAGUUAGCCUGCCUUCAGCUUCCUCAGGCCCACAGACUCCAAUUAGGCACAUCUAAAGCCUUCCCUUUUUUCUACUCUGAAGAAUUCCAGCUGGGCGGCGCGGUGGCUCACACCAGGGACGGGCUGAGUGGGCUGGGGCUGGGCUGGGUUAGUGACUAGAGACCUUGGCCCUGCCUGCUCUCUUUCCCCUCCCCUUCCCUCCCUUCCUGUGUGAUGGUCAGUGUCUGCCCCUCUUUGAACCUCAGUGGUUGAUUAGAAUAAAACGAAGGGAAAAGGAGGCUGG